AUGGAGGCUGCGCUGGCCGAGAAGGGCACCAACCUGCAGCUUUGGGCGACCGAGGCGCUCGACGCCGGGGAGAAGCUGGCCGUGGCCCGGUCGCGGUGCACCGCCCUGGAGGCAGAGCGGUCACGGGCCGCCGUGGGUGCUGAGGAGUGGCGCCAGGCCUACGAAGAGGAGGCGACUCGACGGUGGAGAGAGCGCGUUUCACGGCAGAUGAUAGCCGAGAGGCUCGUCCAAGGGAUGAGCCAGGCAUGCGAGUACGAGCGGGCGCGCAGAUUAUGUGCCGAGGAGACCUUGGCGAGGAGCCGCGCGCACGUCGCCACCUUGAUGGCGAUCGUCGACCACCUGACGACGAACUUCGAGCUGGGGGCCACAGGCGCCGUGAACCUCCGGGCCCGCAUCGACGAGCUCGAGGCUGCCGCAGGGGCGGGGGGCGAGGCAGGAGUCAGCACCGCGGAUUUCGUCGCGGAGCUACGCGCCGUUGUCUGCCAACCCCCAGCCGACGGGGGACCGUGGCGGGGCGGCGCGGUCGGUUCCGCCGGCGCGUUCGGAUCGGCCAUCAUGGUCGGGGUGGGCCAGAACGACGGCUACGUGGGCGACGGGGCGCAGAGCAAGCGCGGCGUGCUGACGCUGAAGUACCCAAUCGAGCACGGCAUCGUGACGAGUUGCGACGAUAGGGAGAAGAUUUGGCACCACACGUUCUACGCGACGUACGAGGCCAUCCCGGCAGUGCUCUCGUUGCACGCUUCCGGCCCUGCCACUUGUAUCGCGACGGACUCGGGUGCCGAUGUGUCGUAUGGGGUGCCAAUCUACGAGGGUUAUGCCUUGCCGUGCGCCCUCUUGCGCCUUGACCUGGCCGGCCGCGACCUCACGGGGUACCUGAUGAAGGUCGCGGACGUUACGGAGAAGCUCUGCUACGUUGCCCUCGUCUGCGACACUGAGAUGCAGGCUGCCACCGAGGUUGGGGACGAGGAGAAGGCGUACGAGCUUCCGGGCGGCAGCAUCAUCACCGUGGGCAGCGAGCGUGCCCGCUGCCCUGAGGUGCUAUUCCAGUCCAGCUUCACCGGCAGGGAAGCCAGCGGCAACCACAACACCCCCUUCCAGUCCAUCAUGAAGUGCGACGUCGACAUCCGCAGGGACCUCUACGCCAACACGCUUCCGUCUGGCGGCAUCACCCUGUUCGCCAGGAUCGGGGAGCGCAUGAACAAGAAGCUAUCCGCCCUGGCGCCCGCGACGAUGAGGAUCAAGAUCGCGGCACCGCCCGAGCGUAAGUACCCCAUGUGGAUCGGCGGGACCAUCCCCCUCACGCAGAGCGCUUCUCAGCAGGAAUGGGCUACGAGGGGCGAGUACGACGAGUCUGGCCCCACCAUCGUUCACAGGAUCGUCAUCCGCGAGGCAGCGAUGGGAGGUCCAGCCGGGCUGAACGAGGACGGCGGCCUGGCCAUGCCUGGGCGGGACGCGCUCGCGAGGCGCCGCUCGGAGCGGGCAGCCGCCGUGGCGGCGGGAGGGGCGCCAGCGGAGGCCAAGCAGUACCGGUUGACGGACGUGCUCGAGACCUGGGAGGUCGCGCGGUUGGAACGCGAUGAGUUCCCCCGCGAGGCCCACGAGGCCCUGGAGGUGGGGCAGCAACUGUUAGUGGGGGCUCGCCGCCACCCCGCCGCGGAGCAGGCGCGGGGCCUCAUGGAGAUCGGAUCCGAGGCCGAGACGGACGUGGAGGCCGACGAGGUUUGGGACAUGGAUUGGACCACGCACGGCACCGCGGGCACCGACAGGGGCCAGUUCAGGCGCGUGCCGUACGUUGCUGGCGGGGCUUGCCCAGCUGGAGCGUCGCGGCUGCCCUCGCCGCCGCCGCGGCAGGCCGCUCCGCGCUUGCCGAGCCACGAGGACCACCUCAAGGGCGACUCCGCCUCCCCCACCGCCGACGCCAACGCCGACGUCGAGGGCUCGAGGCGCGGGGCCGGGCCCCCUGUCAAGGGCACGCGGGCGCUCGACAGUACGUGGGAUCCGACAGGCACGCUGACGCCCAUCAGUGCGCCCGCAUCCCAAAGCGCGCUUGGGCCUUGCAGCACUCUGGUAUCCGAGAGCGUGCCCCAGUCCAACUUCAAGGGUGUGGCUGGGCUCAACGGCAGCGCCAGCGACGGCGCCUCCGGCCCCGCCGGCGCCGACAUCGCGACCGCGGGGGUGGUCGCGCACCAGGGCACGCACAAUGAGGCAGACGUUUCUCGGUUCAGAUGCCUGGCUGCCCGUGCCGCCCAGCCGGCGUUGGUCAUGCAGGCGAGGCUUAGCCGCGGGGGCACGAGCCUUAGGGGCGACGUCCCAGCGGCGGAGCUGGCGGUGGCUGAGGACCUUACUGGUCGCAUACCUCCGGACCACAUGGAGGAUCGCGCGCGCACCCUGGCGAGGUGCGGGGCCGUGCCCUCUAUCACGGGCACGCGGGUGCUCGACAGCACGUGGGUGCCGAAAGGCACGCUGUCGCCCACCAGCGCGCUCGCAUCCCGGAGCGCGCCUGAGCUUGGCGGCACGCCGGUAUUCGGGAGCGUGCUCCAGCAGUCCAACUUCGAGGGCCUGACCGGUUUCCACAGCAGCGCCGACGUCGACGCCAACGUCACCGCCUACGCCGAUAGCGACGGCAGCGACGAGUCAGAGUCGGAGAACGUGGUCGUACUCAAGGGCGUGCUCCAGGCCGGGGAUGCCCAGGUGCUCGACGUCACAUCGAUGCUCGUGGGCGCCCUGGAACGCCGUGGCGCGCUGGCCCGCCCCGGGCAGCCACCGGGCGGGAGGCCCGCCGUGGCGACCCCGCCCCGCGAGGUACGGCUACUUGCGCUUGCGUUCACUGGCUCGCGUGGGCCCAUCUUGCUGAUGGUCGCGUUCGAUGGCGUGGUCGUGCUCGCCCUCCCGGCCAGACCCGACUGGCAAGCGUCGGCCGCGGGACAGGGGUCCGCUUGGCCCGGCUGCGAGGGGAUCAGCCCAAGGAGCGAAGUCCCAGCGGCCGUUCCACCCUUGGUCUAUGGCAGGUGGGUCCUCACAGGUGCGCCGGUGCUCAACAACGCGCGCGCGCUUGGGGGCGAAGCUCUGCUCCACAGCGCGGUGCUCAAGGACGUGGUCCGGUUCGCGGCCGCGCUCCUGCCCCAGGGCGCGCUCGAGGUCACGAGCUUGUCGAGGCUCGACGGCAUGCAGAUGCGCACGGUGGUCCGGCUCACGGCCGCGCUCCUGCCCCAGGGCGCGCUCGAGGUCACGAGCUUCCCGAGGCUCGACGGCAUGCAGGUGCGCACGGGCGUGCCUGUGGCCAACGGCGCGACGGUGUUCCCGGACGUUCUUGGCAUUCCCCACUGCGUGAUGGUACUCCCGGAGGGGCCGUACUUGCAGUGGGCGUGCUUCGUUUGUAUUACCUUAUCCGCAGCCGCCUGCGACAACCCGCAGUCUACCGCGGGACAUGGCCCUGCCGGGCCCGGCCGCGGAGGGACACGCCCAUGGGGCGGGGUUCCAGCGGCGGGCGGCCUGUUGGUGGAUGGCCACGCCGAUAUUGGGCCAGGCCGCGAGGGGACCAGCCCUUGGGGCGAGGUUCCAGCGGCGAAGGUAUGUUCGUCCGUGAGACAGGGCCCAGCUGGGCCCGGCCGCGAGGGGACCAGCCUCAGGGGCGCAGUCACGGCGGCAAACCUGCUCUUCGUCGAGGGCCACGGGGAUGUGGUCGUGUUCACACGCGCGCUCAGUUCCCGGGGCACGCACGAGGUCACGAGCGUGCCUGCGCUCGACGGCGCGCUGAUCGGCGACGUGUUCGUGUUCAAGGGCGUGCGCAGCUGCAAGGGCGCUCGGGUGCUCGACGACAUGCCGGUGCUCACGGGCAUUGCAGUGUUCAACGACGCAGUGGCGCAGUACUUGCGGCCGCUGGGCGAGCUCGAGCGAGGGAGCAGUGGCUACGUUGCUCGCAUCACUUGCUCGCUCAUACCGGGCCGUUUGCGCCAGCUGCCUGGCGACGCCGCCUGGUGUCGGGAGGGCCUGGUCGAGGUGCAGCUGGCAGCCGAGGGCCUACUCGACGAGGAUGCCGAAGGGCGCGACGACGGGGACGAGCGGAUCGACCUACGUUGA